CUCAGCUGGCAGUUCCAGCACACUUGAACCGAGUUGGCAGCUCGCUCAGCUUGUACCACCAAAAAAUUGGUUUUAGUGUCCUCCAAAAUUCGCACGUAAAACGCAUUAAACUGAUAACACAACAACCGCGCAGAUACACCACACCCGCUCCUGCCGAAAAAAAGUGGAACAGGAAAAAAAAAGGAAGCCAGCAGAGUCGCAGCCGAAGGGGGAGUGGGAAAAUGAUAAACCUGUGAAUCGCCUGACCAGUGCCUGGUGGGGGUGUCUCUCCCGCUCACCGUUCUCCGCUCUCCACUCACCUCUCUCUCUCCGCUCACCCCACCCCUCUCACUCUUUCACUGGAAGGAGGGGGAUGGAUGGUUGAUGUUACGAGCGCAGCGCCGCAGUGAAUCACAUUCGGAAGAGCGUUACCAGAAGCCAGCGCAAUGUACCAGAGCGCCUGUCAAGCGGCCACCACGGGCUCCUGUGUCCCAGGAGCUAGCCAGCAGCCGGAUAACGAGCGGCAGUCGGCGCUGAUCGCCCAACAGCCCCCCACAGCGCCUGUGGAGCCCGAUUAUAGUGGCUUCGACAUUGUUAAGGCCACACAGUAUGGCGCCAUUGCCCGUGUCCGCGAGCUGGUCGAGUCCGGGUGGGAUGUCAAUCAGCCGGAUAGUGAAACGGUCACGCUUCUCCACUGGGCGGCGAUUAAUAAUCGCCGGGACAUUAUCCGGUACUUCCUGGAGAAGGGCGCCACUGUCGACGCCGUUGGCGGUGAGCUGAAUGCCACUCCACUGCACUGGGCCACCCGGCAGGGGCAUCUGGGCGCUGUCGUCCUGCUGAUGGCUGCCGGAGCCGAUCCGAGGAUCAGGGAUGCCGAAGGCUGCUCCUGCAUACACAUCGCCGCUCAGUUUGCGCACACCGCGCUGGUGGCCUACUUUAUAGCGAAGGGCGUGGAUCCGGAUCUGCAGGACCGCGGUGGAAUGACUGCUCUUAUGUGGGCGGCAUGGAAGGUAUGUGCUCUGGAUCCUGUGCGCUUGCUGUUAACUCUCGGAGCAAAUCCCGCCAUGGUUGAUUAUACGCAUGGAAACACGGCCCUGCAUUGGGCUAUCUUGGCUAGGAAUGCCACGGCCAUUUCCACACUGGUGCUCAAGUCAAAGGCCUCGCUGGAUGUGCCCAAUCUGCGAGGCGAAACGCCUCUCUCCAUGCUGGAGUCCCAAACGGGGGCGAUUUGGAUAGGAGCCAAGGUCAUGGAUCGAGUGAAAGAGGCGGCGCUGACCUCGCUACAGCGGCGCUCGCUAGUAUCAAAGCUGCGCCAUGACAAACGCCUGAGAUGGUGGUCGAUGGUGGCCUGCCCCUUUACCGCCUUCUAUUUAGCGGGGAUCGUUUUCACCGUGAACACACUGUACAUCAUCAAGUUUUUCCUGCUUGGCGUUCUAUACGCCAUAUUCCAUUCGAUUGGCAAGGCCCUCUUCGAUGAGCACCUGAUGGCCCUGCUCCCGUUGAGCGUUUAUCUAGCUACCAAGGCCUGGUUCUAUGUCACCUGGCUGAUGUACAUCAAUGAUGCAGUCUCGUUUACGGCCACUGUUCUCUUCCUGAUCUCCUCGCUGGCUCUGUGGGUGUGCUUUCUCAAGUCGUGGAAGGGAGAUCCGGGCAUCAUCCGACCCACCAGGGAGCAGCGCUUCAAGACCAUCAUUGAGUUGUCUGAAAGGGGUGGUAUUGGUUUUGAGCCUGCUUCCUUCUGCUCCGGCUGCCUGGUGCGCCGGCCCAUUCGCUCAAAGCAUUGUUCCGUGUGCGAUCGUUGUGUUGCGAGGUUCGACCACCACUGCCCCUGGGUGGGCAAUUGCAUCGGCCUGAAGAAUCACAGCUACUUCAUGGGCUUCCUCUGGAUGCUGUUGAUCAUGUGCGCCUGGAUGCUGUACGGUGGCUCCAAGUACUAUGUAAAUCAGUGCAAUGUGGGAUUCGAUGAUUUCCUCGGUGCAAUGCGGGCCAUUGGCAACUGUGACGCAUGGGUAGGUUGGGUAAUGGGCAACGCCCUUUUGCACAUGUCCUGGGUGAUCCUGCUGACCAUCUGUCAGACCUAUCAAGUGAUUUGCUUGGGCAUGACCACCAACGAGCGCAUGAAUCGUGGACGAUAUCGUCACUUCCAGGCCAAAGGAGGCCACAGCCCGUUCACGCGAGGUCCCUUCCAGAACCUAGUGGACUUUCUCGAGUGCAGUUGCUUCGGAUUGGUACAGCCCCGGCGGGUGGACUGGAUGAACUACUACGACUACGAUGCCCAGACGCAUCAAACCAUCGAGAAGGAGCCGCUGCUGAGCGUGGACUGCCCAGACGGAAUGGGUGGCGGAGAUCAUCAGUAUGUGUAGGAUAAGUCUUAUCGGGAUGCGAAGACGCUUCAGAUGCCCAUCGCGCAUGUUUAACAACAAGGACAGCCGCUUUAGCUUCUUCCCAAGCCCCUUCCUCGUUUUAUUUCCCCGCUGAUCUGCUGCUUAAGAGUUACAUAUUCGCAAAAGGUGGAUUAUACCCACACAACCAAGACAGAAGCGUCAUUGCUGACCGAUAUCGGAUAUGGGACGGAUAGUUGGGCAGUCACAGGAGUGACGGCUGCCCGUCACAUACAUACGUACAUACUUACAAUGCAUGUAUUACUUGUAAUUACUCUGUACAUUUCUGCGUAUUUCUUACACUUAACUCGAUCAAUUUGAUCAUAAGCCGAAAGUACACACAAAACCCGUUUUCCGGAACCAUUUUUGUCCCUUUAAAAAGUAUUUGUAUACCAAAAAACAUAGGCAUAUACAUAAAUGCAAAAAACGUAAGCAAAUGAACACCGAUCAAAUUUACUAAUGCAACCGAAAUAAUCAAAACGAGAGGAGAGCUCGUUGUAAGCGUGCAAUAUAUAUUCAAGACUCCCAUAUUAUUCACCCUCUGAGAUAAUAUUAACAAAUUGUAAAGCGCACACAAAUAAGUGGUCGAAGAUUGUCCUAAGCAGUGAGCGAGCAUUAAAUAUUAGAGUAAGAAAAUAUCAAGUAUUAGUGAAGUCUAUGGAUGUUGUAGCCUUCGCUUACGUACUUCUAGACGCUAACUGCUCUACUCUCUCUAGGAUCGACAAGAAGGAUUUACAUCAGGAACAAGAACACACUAGAAAGGCUCUCCUUAAAGAAAAAACAAAUUAAACAAUUGAUCCCAAGCACUAGCAAUACUUAAACCAAAGAUCUUGUAAUAACAAAAUGCAUAACGCCUAAACAUUUGAAUAUUGCUAGCUAAAAUCUGAGACCGUACCAAACAUAAUAUAAAUAUUUGUGGGAACAGAUCUAAAACAACAUUGUUGAUACUGUCUCUAAAGUGCUAACUAUUCAGGCGGAAAAAAAUAUCGUAUGGUGUUGCUCAUCUUGUUAUUAUACGGUCAUUGCUUACACAAAUAAUUAAUGAAUUCUAAAAGCGAUCCAAUUCUAAUUAAUGCACUAGUCUAGUCAGAAAUCAUUUAAGUAAGGAAAUGUUAAAGUGCAACUACAGCCACAAAGCAAACUCGAUAAAUAAAUUGCAUAUUUACAUAUAAAUACAUA